AUCUCUACGUGCGAAUUCAUCCAUGUUCACGUUUGCACCCCUCAGAGUGGUUGAUUUCGACCAGAUACUCACGCCAUCAGUGCAGAGUGCGUAUGGCGAUAGUGUUGUGGUAUCGCUGUGGGAGAGCACAGCCGUAGAAGGGAAUGGGGCCAGCGUCAUCGACACUAGCUCCAACAACAACCGGUAG